UUGGGAUGGCAGGAACAGAGCUCUGUCUUUUUUGCACCAUAGCUGCCACGCUCACAUUUACUUUCUGGUGCAAACUCCGAGUUUGUUUCGGAACAAAGCGGAAAAAGGGAACAGAGCCAGACCAGACACAAGCGCUCGUAAAAUUUUGGAAUCAAGGCAGAUCACAACACGAAGAUGACAAAAUCCACCAAAGAAAUUCUUCUUCAAGGGAGUACUUUCUCAACAGCAGCCAGUUCCAGCGAGGUAAAAAUACGCUCGUACGAAAGCUCCGAUUAUGAAGAUUGCAGAGAAAUAUUUACACAAGGAAUGGAGCAGCUCAUCAGCCUUGUGACUCGUCUAGUCUUCCCUAGAUACUGUUGGAUCCUUGCAGUGUUGAACGUGUUUGUUUUCCUUGCUGCUUUCAAAUACAACUUGUGGAUUGUUCCUCUGUACAUUUUUGCUUGCGCCGUUCUGCUGUCUCUUCUGUAUGUCGAUGUUUACCUGGAGUGCUGGAAGUUCAUCAACAACUGCUUAGCAACGGACUUAAUGAACAUUGAGAAGAGUUACAUGUCCAAUGAUGGCUCUCACAUGUGGGUAGCGGAGUGGAAUGGUAAAGUUGUGGGCAUGGUGGGACUCAUUUAUAAUGAACGCCACAAGCCAGGGGUCGCUGAGCUUCAGAGGAUGUCUGUAUCGCCAGUCUGCAGACGAAUGGGAAUCGCCAGGAAACUGAUUGACGAACUGCUCAAACACGCCAAGGAUCAGCAAUUCGAGAAGCUUGAGUUGACUACCACCAGUGCACAGACACCAGCUAUUCGGCUGUACAAGAAAUACGGCUUCAAACUCAUGGCCGUCUUUCCUUAUCCUCAGAAAAUUCUUGCCGAUCUGCAAUACACUUGCUUUGACCUUCAGUUGACCGAUUAGAGAUAGUCUGGUGUCUUCUCCUUGGACUGAGGCAAGGAAAAAUGCUGCCUACACUAAAGCAACUAGUGUACUUGACUGAGUUAGCACUGCAAGGUGGCAGACAAACAUUGUCGAGAUUCAAGAUCUAAGAUCGAAUGCUCCAAUUCUUUGGCUGACGGGGCCACUUCUCGAGUCAUAUUAACCGGACUUGUCUAAAGAAAGUUUACUUCUUCCAGAUGAGAUGUAGAAGUAGUUAUGUGCAGAAUUGAACUUAUUAGAUCAUCAACUUUCAACGACGGGACUUGUGGUACAUUGUAGCAAAGGCGGAAGAUGGGUACUAUUUAGAAUCCAUUACAAAAUCAUAAUACAAAAUUGUUUCAUUUUCCUAAUUCAUUUUGUCUCGAUUGUGACCUCCCAGUUUGUUUCAUUUAUGUGUAGUUGUAUAAGUCUGUUUCUCAAACUGUAGAACACUGUUUCGUGCUAAAGAUAUCUUGAUAAAAUAACUUUAAAAACUGUCUCUCAUGGAUGUGACGUCGUAAUAAAAACAACCCAUAGUGGAAAAAA